AUGGGAAAACAGACAUUGUUUGCUGCAUUUCAGAUGCGACAUGUGUUUGUUGUUGUGGAUAUGUCUCGAGCUAUGGAAGAAGCUGAUUUAAAACCUUCACGUCUUGCUUGUUCUGUCAAGCUUUUGGAAGAUUUUAUCACCGAGUACUUUGAUCAGAAUCCCAUUUCACAGAUAGGGCUUAUUGCAACCAGAAACAAGAGAGCUGAGAAACUCACAGAACUAAGUGGUAAUUAUACAGGCUUUUACAUUGUGUUAUUAAUUGUUUUGUAAUUGUCAUUACCAUACCUAAUAGCCUUUAAC